AUGGAGCCCUCUCAGCAGCAGACACAGGACACAGGCCUGAUAAAGCAGCAGACCACACAGUGCUCAGACCUGGUCCUCAGCAGCAUCUCUCAGCAGCACCUGGCUCCUCUCGUCCACUCCUUCUGGGACACGAUGGAGACCGCAGACCUGUCUCAGUGCGAGGCCAGAGCCAGGGUUGCUCAGCUGUACCUGGACAUCGUGACCACGGCCUGUCAGGAGGUUCUGAUGAGCUUCCAGGGCCUUGUAUCCAGCACAAGUCCAGCAGAAGCUCCUGCUGUGACGCAGAGCAGUGUGAAGAAGGUGCUGUGGGGACGCAUGUUCAAGUCCAGAUGUUGCAGACCACGUGAGGAGUCUGAGAGCCAGGUGCUGGACCUGACCAGUCUGGAGGUGGCCAACCGGGUCAACACCACCCUGUCCCAGGGUCAGGACCAGCAGAAGACCAGAACUACAGAGCCUCAGGAGGAGGUCAUCAAUUCCCAGCGUCUGAGGUUCAUGGAGGCUCUGAGGAAGCACUGCCCAUGUUUUUGCCCUCGGUUCAGCCCUGGACCUCAGGACAGGCCUCUGAGGUCCCUGGAACAACCUGGACUGGAAGACUACAGCCAAGACCCACUGAGGUCCACUGAGCAGGACUUCAGCCAGGGCUCACUGAAGUCCACUGAGCUGGACUUCAGCCAGGACUCACUGAGGUCCACUGAGCAGGACUUCAGCCAGGACCCACUGAGGUCCACUGAGCAGGACUACAGCCAGGACCUCCAACAGGACCUCCAGCGGGACCCCCAGCAGGACCUCCAGCAGGAGAAGCAGCAGGUGCAGAUGCAGCAGGCUCGAACACAGCAGUCCUCUUUGUACAGUCUGACAGAAGACCCUGUGAGAGCGAAGGACCUCCUGGAGCUGGAGGCUGUGAAGGUGAGGGGAGAUGAUCUGAGUGAGGGUUCCCAGAUCCAGAGGAGCCCAGACACAGCUCCUGGUGAGCUCCUCCUGGAGGAGCGACUUGGUGAAGGAGGUCCUUUAGAAGCGGUCCUCGUUGAGGACACAAAGGCUGAGGCCCGACCUCAGAAGAACAAGUCCUUCUGUCGCUCCUGCUGCGCUAGCAACUGUCUGAGGGAACUAGCAAGAAAACUGUGUGGUCCCUCACGGACCACUCCCCCCAGAGACACUCUGCAGGAGGCCUCUGUGCCCAAGGAGGUGAAGCUGAAGGAGGAGGAGGUGAAGCUGAAGGAGGAGGAGGUGAAGCUGAAGGAGGAGGAGGUGAAGCUGAAGGAGGAGGAGGUGAAGCUGAAGGAGGAGGAGUCUGAGUUGGAUGAGAAGGCUCAGGCCCUGGAGGAGUUCGCUCUUCUGCUGGCAAACCCCCAAAAGGAGGUCCAGUGUGUCCCUGCAGGUCCCUGUGAGCAGUGGGACCUCCGCCACAUGGUGGGCCUGGUGUACGAGCUGGGGUCCCGCAUCCUGCAGACCAACAAGUUUGUGGAUCUGAAGGAUCUGUCUGCGGCUCUGCUGCAGAAGCUGCAUCAGGAGAUGAACGAAUGGAACAUCAAAGUCAAAGCGGACACUGUCCACAUCAAAGAGGUGUCCAAGAAGGUGUACAGGGACCUCUGCUUGGGACGCCCCAGAAACUGGGUCACUCUGGACAGCCUGAUCCGACAGGACUACAUCGAAGAGAUCGUCCUCACCAUCCGCAGUCAUCUGGUCUAA